AUGGAACUAAAUACUGAUGGUGUGGGUACAAGUAAGAACAUCAUGUUGGAUACUAAAAGAUAUGGAUAUUGGAAAGUUCGAAUGACACAACUCAUCAGAGGCCAAGGAGAAGAUGCAUGGACAGCAGUAGAAGAAGGUUGGGAACCUCCAUAUGAUACAACAGAGGAUGGUGUCAAAAUUCCAAUACCUAAAGCCAGAUGGACCAUAGACGAAAAGAAUUUGUCGAAAUUCAACGCAAUAGCCAUGAAUGUUAUUUUCUGUAGUGUGGAUGAGGAUGAGUUCAAACUCAUUCAAGGGUGUAAGUCUGCAAAACAAGCUUGGGAUAUUCUUCAACAAUCUCAUGAGGGAACAUCAAGUGUAAAAAGAACGAGACUUGAUCUCUUGGCUACUCAGUUUGAAUGUCUGAAGAUGGCUCUUGAUGUAACGAUUGUGAAGUUCAGUUCAAAGAUAAUUGCCAUAGCAAAUGAACCAGAAGUACUUGGGAAGACUUAG